AAGACGGGUGAAGGAAUAAGAAACCGCGAUCGCGGAUCGAAACACAAGAUUUGGAUAGAGACGGGUUGUUUUGACUGUUUGAUCUCUUGAUUUUUGUUCUACCAAACUAGGUUUUGUUGUUCUUUCCGAAUUUGCCGUUCAUAUAACCUCACUGAAUCCAACGGCAAUCUUAAACCCGAUCAAUUCCGGUGGUUUAUAGGGUUUCGAAUUUAUAUUUGAAAGAAAUGGUGAAUUCGAUGGUGGAAAGAGCAACAAGCAGCAUGCUUAUUGGACCUGACUGGUCGAUGAACACUGAGAUCUGUGAUAUCUGCAAUCAUGAUCCUGCGCAAGCAAAGGAUGUUGUUAAAGGCAUUAAAAAGCGUCUUGGAAGCAAGAACCCAAAAGUUCAGCUUCUUGCAUUAACACUAUUGGAAACAAUUAUGAAGAACUGUGGGGAUUUUGUCCAUAUGCAUGUAGCUGAGAGAGAUCUGCUUCAUGAGAUGGUGAAAAUUGUAAAAAAAAAGCCUGAUUUUCAUGUAAAAGAGAAGAUCUUAAUUCUAAUAGAUACUUGGCAAGAAGCUUUCGGAGGGUCAAGGGCAAGGUAUCCACAGUACUAUGCAGCAUACCAUGAAUUAUUGCGUCUGGGGGCAGUUUUUCCACAGAAGUCUGACAGAUCAGCAGCCCCUGUCUUAACAAACCCACAAACGCAGAGUAGAUCAUCAUAUCCAAAUAAUCCAGAAAAUGGAAACGAAGUAGCUGAGUCUUCUGUGGAGGCUGAGUUUCCACCCUUGAGCUUGACAGAACUCCAAAAUGCACGUGGGAUCAUGGAUGUCCUUGCCGAAAUGCUGACUGCAAUAGAUCCAGAAAAGAAAGAGGGGCUUAGGCAAGAGGUUAUUGUGGACUUGGUUGAACAGUGCCGUACAUACAAGCGAAGAGUGGUACACCUUGUGAACUCAACUUCGGAUGAAUCACUUUUAUGUCAAGGCUUAGCGCUGAAUGAUGACCUGCAGCGGGUCCUAACCAGACAUGAUGCGCUUGUUUCUGGAACUUCUGAAAAACCAAAGACUGAAACUAGUCAAGCAUUGGUACCUGUUGAUACUCUGCUUAUUGAUACAGGAGACACCAAACAACCUGUGUCUGGUGCUGGUGCUAGUGCUGGUGCUGGUGCUGGUGCUGGUGCUGGUGCUGGUGCUGAGUUGCUUGCCAUAACUCCUGUUACAACCAACGGACCACCAGCAACUCCAGCGAAGGUCAAUCCCAAGUUUGACCUCUUGAGUGGAGACGACUUUAGCUCACCAUCUCCUGAAAAUUCCUUAGCUAUCGUACCAAUAAGUGAGCCUGAACCAACUGCUGCUCCUGCUUCUCAGCACAAUGCGCUAGCCCUUGUGGACAUGCUUUCACAAACUAACGUGCCAAAUGGUUCGGCUGGACAAACAUAUUCUUCACCUCAAUUUCAACAGUCACAAAAUUUUCCGUCUCACCAAUCCUCACUUUACCUGAGUGCAAGUAUUACUAACACUGUGCCACCCCAAUAUGAGAACCAAGGAUCUAGUUCUUCAUGGAAUGGGCAAAUGCCACAACAGCAGCCGUUGCAAGACCCGUCUUUACCUGCUUAUGGUGCACCAAGCAGUGAGGGACUACCACCGCCACCCUGGGAAGCUCAGUCAACUGACGAUAACCAAUCAGGAGCAGGAGGCCCUCAAUACUCUCAACCUCAAGUAUUGCAAACCAAUGAUCAGGGAAUGGGCAUGUACAUGCAGCCGUUGAGCAGCCAGCCUCAGGCUGUGUACCCUCAACAACUACUCCAAGGACAACAGAUAAUGGGUAUGAUCCCACAUCAGCAAAUUCAAAUUCAAGCUGCUCACAUGUAUCCUCAACCAAUGGGUCACCAAAUGCAAAUGGCACAACCAUAUGGCUAUGGAUAUGGUGUCAGUGGCUAUGGAUACGGGCAGCAACAAAACGCUCAGUUCCUUGAUCAGAGAAUGUCAGGGUUAGCUGUGAGAGAUGAUGGUUUUGUGAACAGUAGUACGGUUUACACAGGUCCUUCUAUGGCUAAUGCAUCGUAUGUGCACGUGCCAUCUGGGAAACCUAUGAAGACAGAAGACAAGCUUUUCGGAGAUUUGGUUGAUUUCGCCAAAGUCAAGCCCAACAAAACCACUCCUGGUAGAGCUGGGAGCAUGUGAUCCUUAUAUACUUGCUUCUUUUUUGAAAAAAUGAUUUCGAUUUUAUAGUCUUAUUUCGGGAUUUGUAUUUGUUAUUUUCCUCGCAUUUAUGUACAUCACAUGUUUGAGGAAACUGAAAACAUCUCUCUCCAAUAAUGCUUUUCAUGCUCUUGUGUUCAUUUUACUGGGGUUUUGUUUUAAUUCGAAAAAUAACAUUUCAAUAACGCUUGAUUUCA